UUUUCGUCUUCCAGUUGAUCUUUGUGCUAAAUCUCCAAUGGAUUUCUUCAAAUCCGUGUUAGCCGACGAUAUAUCUCAACCCUCGCAUCCGCACACCGACCCGAAUCCGAACACGGGAUCGGUUGCCACGUGGAGUUUCAACGGCCUGAUGAAAACGCUUGCCGACAAGUCGGAAUCCGUGAUGGAAUCUUACCGGAAGGAAUUUGACGAAUUCGGAUCCGGUUUAAAGAAGGAAACCGAGAUCAUCCGGAGCGUGGCUUCACGUGCCGUUAACGAUUCCCUCGAGAUCGGCGCCACCGUUGCUCAGGAGAAGCUCGAGUCAGUUGGACAAGCCAUUGAUGACAUCGGCGUCUCCGUUUGGAAAUCAACGGCUCAGAUCAUCUCUCACGGUAAAGACACGUUCUUAUCACCCUCCGACGAUGAUAAUUCUGAUACCGGAAGUUCUAUUAAUAGAAGAUCAAGUAUUAUUAGUAGUAACAGAAUUAAUGGAAAACGUUACAGUCGUUUUGAGAUGCAAAUUAGAGCGCUUCAAUCAGAUAGAAGUACUUACUGUAUGGAACCAGAGGAUUUGAAGGAUUUUGGGAAUUGGAAAUUAGGGUUUAAUUUAGAAGAGAAAAAAAGCGAAAUUGAGGAUUUGUUAACUGAAAAUACUGUUAUUCGAGAUAUUUUCAAAGAGGUGGAUUCUGAUUAUGGAGAAUCAAAGAGAUAUUGGUGCAAUUACUUCUAUAAGUUGAAUAGGCUAAUGAAAGUGGAGGAAGCGAGAGCUAAGCUCGUUAAUCGUGCGAUAUCGGGAGAGGAAGUAGAAGAUUUGAGCUGGGAUAUUGAUGAGGAUGAUGAGGAGAAUAGUGGAAAUGUUAAUACCGAGGAGGAUGAUUCAAGUAAAAAUGUUGAGAAGCCUUUGAAAUUUGACGAGGAGAAAGCAGGUUCAUGCAAGGAUAGUGAUGUAUCCGUGGUAUCAAGUGUGUCUAUCCCUGAGGAGGAAGGGUGGGAUGCAAUCGGCGACAUUCAGAGCUUCAAUGACAGUAAAGGGGACGUUGUCGGGAGCAGUAAUAGAGUUGAUCUGCGUAAACGAUUGACUGUUGCAGAGGAAGAGGAGGAUUUGAGUUGGGAUAUUGAUGAUGAUGAUGAGGAGGAGGAUCAACUGGUUAAAGCUUGAUACGGUACUGGUAAUUCGGUAUCGGAACGAAUCGGA